AUACCCCAGGGAAGGAGUGGCCGCCAUGAUGGAUGACAUGUUUCUGGAGGGCAAGAUGGAGGUGGGGGAGGAGGUGCGGCGGCAGUGCCAUGACCCUAUGCUGGCCCCCACGCCGGUGCUGCUGGCUCGACGCGAGGUUCCGGCGCGCCACCCCCGGGCCACCACCACGCAGCUGCAUCACAUCAGCGAGGAGAUGCUGGUUUACCGCAAGCACAACCUCCUCUCCUGCCAACUGCCCGGCUCACCCAAGUCCACGUUCCUUAUGGUAUUCAGCCCCGAUGGGUCAAAGGUCGCCUCCACCCACGGCGACCACAACAUCUACGUCAGCGAGGUCAACACAGGUCAGUGCAUCUGUACGCUGGAGGGACACCCGCGAACCCCGUGGUGUGUGGCCUUCCACCCCGCCUCCAACGAGAUAGUGGCCUCGGGCUGCCUCGGCGGGGAGGUGCGCGUGUGGGGCCUCAAGGGCGGCAGUGAGGUGUGGACGACAGAGAAGAGCACGGUGAUCGCCUCCCUCGCCUUCCACCCCACGGACAAGGUGCUGGUCAUCGCCACCUACAAUGAGAUAUACUUCUGGGAUUGGUUCCAGCCGCAGCCCUUCACCAAGAUAUGCACGGCUGAUGAGAAGGAGAAAGUCAGGUACGUCAAAUUCGACCCGCUCGGCCACAAGCUCAUCACGGGGAUCGCCAACAUGCCCCACGAGAGGCCCGGGUCGCCCUCCACCCACCACAUGCCCUCGCGCUCGGAGCUGGUGGAGCGCGAGCAGCGAUACAGCCAGCUCUCCAGCCAGUACCUCAGCCUCGUCUCACACCUGGAGGCCCUAACGAGCUCAUCCGCCGCCGCUGCUGCUGCGUCCGGCGGCUCCUCGUCUGCCGCCACAACCGCCGCGACGUCAUCCACAAGCACCACGUCAGCUUCCCGCACGAUCGACCGAGGCACAGACCCCAUAGAACUCGGGGCAGCGCGGCGCGGCAGAUGACCGAGGAACGCAGAGGUACCGGCGGAGGAGGCGGCGGCAGUGUUGGCAGCGGCGGGAAUGGUGGCGGCAGCAGCAGUCAGGGGCCGCAGGACUCCACCAACACAAGCGACCCACCCAGGCCAUCCUCAGCCUUAUGGGGCGGGGGCGGCCUCGGGGGGGACACGGACGGCGGCGGAGCAGGGGCGGGGGAGGGCGAGGAGCGGGUGGAGGAGUCAUCCAGCUUGGGGGCGGCUCGAUCGCUGCGCCAGAUGGUGAGUGACGACAGCGCCUCCUCCUCAAGCCUAGACUCGUCCUCCUCAGCGACCUCUGGGGCUAGCCGAGCCUCGGAACGCAACACCCGACUCUCGCUCCUGUGGACGUCUCGGCUCCAUCGUCUGGGGCAAGAUUCCGACGGGUG